AUGUCUGAUGAACCCACGAUCCUCCGCCCGCGUCCGCGGCGCGUGUUCGACCUCACCCCCGAAGAGCCCUCCUCCCCUGCCGAGCCAGCCAACCCGGACCUGUUGAAUCCUCGCGAAGGCGGUUCAACGAAUGUUAGCCGCAACGUAUCGAUCAUGAACCUGACAUCGCCAACUCUUGUCGGGAUCUAUUCUCCGACCGCAUUUGAAGGCACUCGCGACGAUUCUUCGCCUUGGGGCACGGAAGCUCAUACCCCCGAAGCUCUGAACGCCGGCAUUCGGCCAGUCAUCCAAGGGCCAGCACCGGGGAAGCUGCAGCGGACGCGGUCACGCCUCAGUCAGGGACUCUUCCGCGGGGUCAUCCUACCCCAGGCGCUGAAGAGCGCCUUUCUGCUUGGCUUUGGUGUGGUGUACGGAAUCAUUACGAUCCACCUGCACGAGAACCAUUGGAUCACGCCGGUGAAGCUGGAGAACGUCCAUUACUACGGAUCAUGGCAAUAUCUGGCAUUUUGGGGCGUUGCGGGAGUCAUUCUGGGUAACGUACUCCCGUGGUUUGACCAGUUUUCGGAUGACUUGCUCAACGACGGCAAGCAAGCUGCUUCUUCGGCGAGUGACGAGGAAACUGCCGAACGCACACUGUCGUGGGUUGCGGCGGUCCGCAGCGUCGGGGCCUUUGUUGGAAUCGCAUUUGCUAUGCGUCGACUACCCUGGGAAUCUACGACCCAAGCUUCGGUAACCCUCGCACUUGUGAACCCUGUCUUGUGGUAUCUCAUCGACCGCACUCGGACAGGGUUCGUCUUGUCGACUGUGGUUGGUUUGCCCUCUAGCCCCACCCUUCUGUUGGCCAACGUUACGGGGCGGGACUUCGGUUUGGACAUUGGGAUGACACAGGAAAGCGUUGCUGUGCGGACAUGGAUUGCCAGUGUUUUGUUCUGCGCCUGUGUUUGCUUCGGAAACAUUGGCCGGCAGUUGGCCAUUGGCAAUUCCGGGAGAGAGUCGCUCAAGAAGUGA